GCAGAGAGGAGAAAACAGGCUGUAGUAGAACAAGUGAUGGUGGAUCAAUUAUCUAGAGCUGUUAUAAGUGACCCAGAGCAAUCCAUGCAUGCUGAUGUUUACAAGGAAGCUCCUGGACUUCUGGGACUUGAGACUGCACCAAUACGUUUUCGAAAAAGAACGCUGCAUGAAACAAAAAUAAGGACCAAAUCAGGAUUAACUGAAAACAUGCUCUCUAACAAGCUGCGCUUUGAUAGUAGGAUUAUAUCAAGAACAAGUGCCUUACCUUUCAUUCAAAAGGGAGUUUAUCAACAUCAACGUGGACAGAAGAGGGGAAAAGCUUAUGAUCUUAGUGACUUCUAUAUUGGCGCUAACCUAACUUUCCGAAGUGCUGAUCAUAACCUUCCAGAAAGUGUUAAGCAGAACCCAGUUUUCACCCUUCGUGUGAUAAGUAUUGAUGAAGCAGCUAUGGAUUUUCUAAAAGCUUCUUCUAUGGAAUUCAAGCAAGAGUGUUCCAAGCAAGUGGUUGAUGACAGCAAAGUUUUCGAGAAGAUUCAAGGUACACUCAGACAGACAUUAAGUAAAAGAGGAGUUCGGGUUAUAACAGGCUUAGGAAAGUAUUUCCGACAACUAGACAAGAACAGAAAUGGUUUUCUCUCUCAGGCAGACUUUAAAGAAGCUCUAAAAGUAUUCCAUUUGGAAGUGUCUGAAGGGGACUUUGAAUCCUUAUGGCUUAUUCUCGAUGACAGCAAGAGUGAUAAGGUCGACUAUGGAGAUUUUACUCGUGCUGUAUUUGGAGAAAUGAAUGAAUAUAGGAAAGCAUUUGUAAGAAAAGCUUAUAUGAAACUAGAUUUCAACAAAACUGGGAGUGUGCCUAUGGUAGAUAUCAGAAAAUGUUACUGUGCAAAGAAACAUCCUCUAGUAUUGGCAGGAAAAGCUACAGAAGAAGAAAUUCAGUCGUCAUUUCUAGAAACAUUAGGAGAGUCCUGCAGCAAUCCCAAUGAAGUGUCCUAUUCUGAGUUUGAAGAUUACUAUGAAGGAUUAAGUUUUGGAAUCGUGGAUGAUGAUGAUUUUGUCAAUAUCUUAAGGAAUCCUUGGGGAAUUUAGAGUGGAAGAAGAAAAAAUGAAGAAGAGACCUUUUCAAAACAAGGAGUGCGCUAAAUAAGGGAGGACUUAGUCUUAAUAUGCAUUACUUCAUAAUUAGUGUCUUAAACUGAUUUCAGGGACUGAAAAUUUUAGGUGUUUUCAGAGUAACACUUGACAAAUUUCUUAGAGUGUCUGUUGAGCUAUGCUAACCACUUUUUUUGAUAUAAAUGCUGUUCAUUCCUUUUCAUUGGAAAUGAUAAAGGCUGUUCCCCAUACCAAAAGCCAUCAUUUACUUGAUAUUAAAGUAGCCUAUUUUAAAACAAGAGGGAAUUGGAAUACUAAAAUGCAUGAAGGAAUAUAUGCAAGAGAGAAUUUAGUUUUAUGAUGCAUCGUGAAAAGCUUUAGAUUUGACUGUAUAAAUAUCAACGGUAGCUUUUCUU